AUGGCAUUAACCGCUGACCAGGUGCUAACAAAAAUCGGUAGCUUCGGCCGUUAUCAAUUGCGUCUGCUAAUCUUCGCCAGCAUCCUCGGGUGGUUCUGGUUCGCAUGGCCGCUGCUUCUGUCAACGUUCAUUGCCGCUGAGCCCGGGUGGCGUUGCGUUGCAAACAGCACUGAGUGUCAGAUAGGUGCAAUUGUGUACCCAGGGGACAACAACUACGAUCUGAGGUGUAACAUGUCAAGAGGAGCCUGGGAAUUUGUUGGCGAAUAUACUUCAGUUGUCACACAGUUUGACCUGGUGUGUGACAAAGCGAUCUAUGGAACUGUGUCUUCCUCUUUGCUCUUCCUUGGCUCUUUGAUGGGUAACGCCAUAAUAAGUACUUUAUCGGACAAAUUCGGCAGGAGAAUCAUCAUAUUCACAUCUGGAUUUGUUGUUGCACUAUUCAGCUUGCUGUCAGCUUUCCCCAACUCCUAUUGGCUAUUCACUCUUUUUCGUUUCGUUGUUGGUUUUAGUUUAGGUGGUGGAGUCAGUAUCUUCAUCUUUAUCUCCGAAUUUGUGGGUGCUCGACACAGGGCCAUAAUGGGGACGUCUCUUUGGUAUUCUUGGACCCUUUCGUUGAUGGGCCUGGCAGGAAUUGCGUAUCUCAUAACAGAUUGGAGAUUACUGUGUAUUGUCACAGGGGCACCAGCAAUCCCUCUUGCCUUGGGCUUCUUGAUUUCUCCGGAAUCUCUUCGGUGGCUGAUUGUGAAAGGAAAGACUGAAAAGGCUGUGGAUCUCUGCAAAAGCAUUGCCCACGUGAAUGGCAAACAGAUUUCGAGAGAGGAAAUCAAGUUUGAAGUAAAGCACGAAGAAAGAAUGGGAGACAUUCGGGAUUUGUUCGGUUCACACGACAUGGCUAUGAAGACACUGAUAACGGGUUAUUGUUGGUUUGUCAAUGCCAUGGUGUACUAUGGCGUAUACCUGAGCACACCCAUCAUUGGUGGCAGCACGCACUUGAACUUCUUCUUGACCAGUGUUAUCGAGCUUCCAGCAAUCCCGGCAGGCAUUUGGAUUUAUAACAAGUUUGGUCGUAAAAAGGGCGUCAUUGUUCCAAUGCUCCUCACUGCUGCCGGUGCUGCGGGCUCUCUUCUCUUGACAACAGACGACGAGUCCAAUAAGGGAUAUUUUGCCGGUAAAAUCAUUAUGUCGCUGAUCUGGUCGAAAUUUUGGAUAAUGAUAUCUUAUGAUGGUCUGUACGUGUAUUCAGGAGAACUCUUUCCUACAACUGUCAGAAACAUCGCCAUGGGAGUGUUUGAAGGUGCAGCUGGGAUUGGAUCAUUCUGUACUCCGUACAUCGUAUACUCGGAACGUUUUCACCCAAUCUUACCUUACGGAAUCAUGGGAUUGAACGCUUUAGUGGCCGGGUUAUUCAGCAUAUUCCUGGACGAGACUCGGUACCAGCCCACAUUAGAAACCGUGGAGAAGUCAGAGAAGAAAAAAGUUAUCAUAUAUUACCUUUGAUCCAGCUUUUUUUAAAAAACACACUUGUCUAUGAACAGGGGGCAGCGUGGAAUUGUAGUAAGAUUCCGUAAUUAGCGGUCAGACAGGAAAAAAAUGAAUGCGUAAUUUAGGAUGCCUCUAAAGUUUCUAAAGCUAGAGGGCGUGAUAUAGCUCAGUAUAAACCUCGCGAGAAGGACCUCCUUAUUAUUGCUGCAGGACACGUGUUGCUUCAAGACGAGUCGCGGAGAGGUUUUCCAGGGGUCUGGCACCAAUGAUGAGGGAUAGACCCCUGGCAGGCAUCUCGCAGGCUCGCGUCGCUUAAGGCCUUAUACUUUCCUGCGGAUGAAGGAACACUUGUACUUAUGCGAUAAUUACGCACACAACGGUAGCUACUCACAUUAAUGGAACAAAUCAACUGGUACAAACAAUAAGAGUGAAACAUUAAUGCAAUAAGCAAGCUGUACAGUGUACAGUUGUAUUAGUCUAAAUGGAUAAUUUCUUCUUUAAAGACCUCCACAUGUCAUCGCUUUGAUUUGUGUUGGCUCCUGAACUCUUAUCGGUGGAUUAGUCUACUUUCUUUUGUUUGUCAGGAUAUUCAAUCUAAUUGUGAAGGAAGAUGAUAAUUACCGAAGUUGACGUCGUUACAGGGACGAAUUUAAGUUUUCAAUUUUUUCUUAAUCUCUCCGGGAGAAGAAAUCAAAUUAACAAAUUAAAAUGAAAUAAAUGAAUGGAUAGAUGGAUAGAUGGAUAAAUGGAUAGACAAAGAAACUAACAGUCAUCGAUAAAUAAACAAAUACAUUAAUGAAUGAGUAAAAAAAAAGGAAUCUG